AUGUCCUCCUAUGAGCAGGAGCUAUAUAGAGACUACUUGAUGAGACGUGACCGAGACAGCGAGUAUCGGGAUAGAUCACAGCAGAGAUCGGCUGGUGAGGAAAGGCGAAGUCGUGAGCUCGGCAGCGCUCUACCGUCCGGCAGAUUUAAACCGACAAGCCAGCGUCAGCCGAGCGCGCUGUCAGAAGAGAAGCGCCGUCAACUGAAAGGCGAUGGAAGCUACAAUAUACCGGAUAACAUUUACCAUUCUUCUGGCUACGUCACUCGUCCUUCGGAUCUCGGCGAAGAUCCACUGUCGGCUGUGCGAACAUUAAGAAAUCAGAUACGUGGAGCCGCUAUCAGAUCUCGCCAGGAAGGCUUGAAUGUCCGAGCCCAUUUAUGCGACAACGCUUGUGAUCGUCUGAGUGCAGCUGAAGGCGUGCUGACCACUAUGACUCGUGAACGAACGGGUGCUCUUCUGGUUGGUGACAACAAGAAAGCGCAACAGAUUGGAGUGAAUAUGGAGAAG